AGUACAAAGUAAAAAAAAUGGGGAAAAAAAGGAGUAAAAAUAAAUCUUCUAAAAAAAAAGGUGCAAUUGAAUCUGAUACAUUUGUAAAUUUAAAUAUUGAAGAUGAACUUAAAAAUAUACCAGAAAAUUUAAUUCAAGAAGGAAAUGAUUCUAGUGUAAGUGACAGUGUUAUUGAAAAUAAUCAAUUGGAUUUUUAUGAUGUAAGUGAUCCAGAAGAAAGCAUCUCUAAUAUAAAAUCUUUGAAAGAACAAAAACUGAAUGAAAAGCUCCAAGAUGAAAGGCUAAGAGCAAUUUUAACAAACACUAAUAAAAACACUGAAAAAAUUUCUCUUAACGUAAAGUAUCAAAGAACUAGGCGCUAUGAUAACACUGGAGAAUAUCGAAUUGGUCCAAGUUUUAUUUCUAAAUCUCGGUUAUCAUACCUUGAUGAAAGCAAACCAGCAAAACUUUCAGUCGAACCAACUAAAAUGAAAUCAGUUGAGUUUGGUUUGUUAAUAUAUUUUUGGAAAUUUACUGAUCAGUAUGAUAAACAAGAAAUAGAUCUGGACUUCGUGCAGUCUUUAAUAGAUUCUGGUUGUGACAUAAAUUGCAGAGAUGAAUAUGGGCAAACAAUUUUGCAUGCCAUUGUCAGAGAUUGGCACCCAGAUGUAGCAUUGUUUGCCAUUCACAACAACAUUGAUGUAAAUGUGCAAGAUAAGUAUGGUCGAAGUCCUCUUCAUUUGGCAGCAGCACUUAAUUGUAAAGAAAUGGCAAAAGUGCUUUUGGAUAAUGGAGCUGAUAUAGAGCUAUUAACAGAAAAUGAAAAGCAAUCACCAACACAUUUUGCUGCAAAGUAUAACUCAGUUGAAACACUCACUGUUUUAUUGCGGAAACAUGGAAGUUUUUUCUUAAAGGAUUCUGAGGGUAAAACGCCAUUAUUCUUGGCUGCGGAAUACGGUUCUUCUAAAACUGCACAACUUUUGUUAGACCUUGAAGCUCCUAUUGGGGUGUAUGACAAUGAUGGCAAUUUCUGCUUAUCUUAUUUAAUAGAAAAAAUGCCAGAUGUAGCUUAUCAAGCCCUUAAUCAGUUUAAAGUUGCAAAUAUAUCAUUGGGAAGAAAUGAAGUUUAUUUAAGUUAUUUGGAAAAAAAUCCUAAUUCAAAAGUUGGUAAUUUUACAAAAGUUCCACUAGAGAUGAUUACUAUUUAUGAUGAGUAUGAUCUUAUUAUGCAUCCAGUGAUUCAAACAAUGCUUGAAGUUAAAUGGAAAAAACUAGGUCGUUUCAUUACUCUUCGCCAGUUGUUUAUAUUAUUUAUUUACCUUUCAUGUUGGAUGGUAUUAGCUUACUUGUUUGAUCCAUCAGGAAUUUAUUACAAGCCUCUUAAAGUGAAAGGUUGGAAAAUUAUUUUGGAAAUUAUUAUCAUUGCUGCUGCAGUUUUUUUUUUCUAUGAGGAUGUUACAAGAAUUAGGGAGACCGUUAAAGCCCAAACAGCAUGGGUUGAAAUGAGAAGGCACAAGCUUCGCUCAAAAUAUCCAUAUUGUCAUCCAGCAUGGCCUAGUGACCGACAAAAUGUUGAUGUUGAAAUAGAAAGGCUUCAAGGGUCACCUAGUCUUGCAAAGAAACAACAAUUUUGGAUUUUUUAUGAAUUUAGUAUGUUGAUAAUUAUUGCAGCUAUUAUUAUUACAAGAAUAAUUGAUGCUUACAUUUCAACAAAAGCAUCUUACCUUACUCACAAAUGUAUAUUUGCAAUUGGCUUGAUGAUAUCGUUUUUGCGUGUUUUGAAAAUUUGCAUUCGAUUUAGAUAUUUUGCUGUAUAUCUAAAGGUUGCAGGUCUUGCAAUUAGAGCUUUUAUACAAAUUGCUUUUUUUUACCUGCAAUUCUUUAUUCCUUUUGUCGCAGUAUUUUGGGUAACAUUUGGUGUUGUUCCUGUUGCAAAUUCAAAUGUGGACAAUUCAAAUAUAUCAAAUUUGUCUAACACCACUAAUUUUACGGAGUCGUAUAAUUUCAGCACUGCCACAAAUAUAAGCAAUUUCUUGAGUACAACAAUCUCUACUACUUCCUCUACAACAAUUUCUGAAGAUUUAGAUCUUAGAGGUUUAGAUGGCAUUUUUUACCAUGUUUAUGAAUCUUCUUUUGGACAAGAUGAUUUAUUCAUGUUAUCAACGUAUGAUAAAUAUGCUGCACAGACUUUAAUAUCACUUUAUACUAUUUUCACAACAUUUAUUUGUUUAACUGUUUUAGUUGCAUUAAUUACAUCAGCAUUUACAACAUCAUACAAAAAAUGUGUUGCACAGGCAUCUUUACUUCAAGCCUCUAUGUUACUUCAGUUUGAGAAAAAAUUGAGUAAAAAACAGCAGAAAGAAAUGGCUUUUUAUUAUGCGCAAGAGUGCACACCGCUAAUAAUAAAAGAAGAUGUAAGCAAAGAGUCUGCAGAAUCUGUUAUUCGAAACUUAACUUCCAAGCUUGAGCGAACCGAAAGGAAUUUAGCUGAUAUAAAUGAAAUUAUAUUUGAGGCUGAAAAAAAAGAAAAUGAAGAAGGUAUAUCGGCUAAAAGAGAAAUCCUUGAAAACAUUUUUACUAACAUCUCUCUUUUAAAAGAAAAACAAAAAGAAAAUGAACUUGUAUCCAAGGCAGCACUCAAAGAUCUUGCUGAAAAAGAGACUCACAUCAAUAGAUGCAUCACAAAAUUGAUUAAGCUACAAGCGUCAACAAGCAUUCCAAAAAAAUAAAUUUAGGAAUUCCUUUUUGAAAACAGUUGAGUUUUAUUGUUUUUCCAAUUAAUUUAAAUGCUAUUUUUCUAAAAUUUAAUUUACAAC